UGGAUUAUAAAGAUACAAGUAGUACCUAGUAACAAGGUGCACCGCAAAGAAAAGAAGGAGAGCAAGAAACAUAAGAACGUGAAAUCAAUUAAACAGCUAUAUCUACCGACCAAAAAAGUGUCUGAUGAGUCUGAACAGCUCGAGAGAAGUUGUUUGACAGAAAAGAAUGUGAACAAUCACCACGUUGGUUAUUCAUCUGAUGGUAGCCAAAACAGUAACAAGAGAAGAAGGGAAGCUUCUCCUGCUAACAUCAAAGCGACACCUGCCGUUAGUAAGCCUCUACGGAUACGCUUUGUCUUCAAGAAACCUUCUAAAGAAGCUGAGGUUUUUCUUCCUCGAGAGGAUCGUCUUUGCUCCACUUCAGGGACUGAUCAACCUAGCAUAGUAUCAAGUUCUUCUGUCUCAGCUCAUGAUGAGAAUCUUGUUUCAACUUCUCUUGAGAAUGACAAGACUGCAGUUCCUUCUGAAUCAAAGAAGAAAAAGAAACAUAGGAUUAGCAAAGAAACUCGGUACAGUUCAUUGUUUGAUGAACCGGUUCUUCCCUGCAUUUUGAUGGAGGUAGAUGAUGAUAACAACAGCGAUGACUGGCUUCUUGGUGCAAGGCGGCAUAACAACGCUCGUAUGAAUGAACAAGACAUGGUAUCUAACAUGCACAAGUCAGGAGAUUCCUGUUUCCCUAGUCCCCAGUUUUUGCCUGAUGUGGAGAUUUUUUCAUUGCCAUACACAGUCCUGUUUUAGUCCCCCCCCCCCACCCAAUAAUUGUUUUGUUUAUUCUCAGCUUAGCCUUAGGCCUUAGUUUUGUACAGUUCCACUGAUUGUAACAAACACAAGUAUCAAAUAAUACUUGAAUGUAAUCUGUAUUCUAAACUUGUACAUUGAGUUUAAAGUUUUGGAUUUGAG